CAUGAUAUUUUAUUACACUAAUUCCUAAUGUGUACAUAUACACAUUUUGUAUACACUUGUCUUUAUUUAAUGUAUACAUUAAAUAAAGACAAGAAUGACAACACAAUAGACUCAGUUUUCUUGAAGGCCUGUUUCCAAUUGCGGCAUAGGUCUCAGAUUUUGUCCCCUAUUUUAUUAAUAGUCACCAGUAUGUAAAAGAACUUAACGUCAAAAAAAUUAAAAAAUUAAAUUUCAAAUAUUGGCCGCGCUAUAAUUUUUUUCGAAAUUUUAAAAACGCAUUGCAUUUGAAAUAUCACGUGCAACAGAUCGUUGAAACAGUUUACUCCAACUAAAACUCCAACUAUUUUAUUUCCCGUAAUCAACUUGAUAAAAUGUUCAAAAGUUGAAAAUGUUCAAUUUUGAAAAUUUUGAAUGACAAUUUUGAAGCGCUGUAACUUCUUGCCACCAUUCAUGUUUUUCUCAAUUUUUUGAAAUUAUGAUCUAAUAUCGAAAUAGUUAUGAACAAAAAAAUUUUAAGCGAAACAUGAGUGGGGGCAAGAAGUUAUUGUGAUUUUACUGACACAUGUUAGCUUAUGGGUGGGAAUAUUCCCAAAAUGAUCAAAAAACAAGACGUUUAGUGACGAAAUUCAAGUGUCACAUAUGACCUAGAAUUAUUUGCAACACUGACAAAAACGCUUGUUUUUAUGUUCUUCAACUGUCAACAAAAAUCCAAUUUUGCUCGAGUUUUGAUAAAAUUUACAUUUUUGUGAUCCUAGAUACUUGUAUAAUCGUAUCCAGUAAAUGUUUCAACUUUUUUGAAAUUUUGAACGUUUUUGAAUAAUUCGUGAGAAGUGGAAUGUCCUAAAUUUAGCAAGAUCUGAUCGAGAUCUGAGAAUGACAUGUAGAGGGUCUUUCCUCCUCAGACAGACGCCGUGGAUUAACGCCAGCAUGUCUUAAUGGAACUUAUUUCUCACUUUGAACUUUUGAAUGAUGAUUUUGAUAAUUAAAAUCUAAUUAUCUCUGCCUAAUUUAUGUAUAGGUUGAUGAAUUAUAGUUGAUACUCGAGUCUUUAGAUGUUAAAAUAAAAAUAUUUUUUUAUAAAUAUUUUGGCGCUUUUUUCAAAAAUAUAAAAUAAAUAUUUCGGGCUUUAUAAAAAAAUAUUUAACCGGGGUAUGGUUAUAACGUACAUGCAAACAUUCCACACAUCAAUUCAGCAUAAAGUGAUCAAUGAAUGUAGCCUAGAAGGCACCCACGUAUACCUAUAUGUAUGUACAUUGUACAUAUAUGUUUCAUUCACUAAUCACUACCUGCACUGGCUUCUGUUUUACUUUGAUUAAGUGACAUAAAAUUGAUAUAUACACAAAAAUAUUAUGCAUUGCAGCUUGUUGACUUUGCUCAUAAGGGUGCUAUGAAAUAUGCAUUUGUAAAUAUCCAUAUAUUGGUACUUACACCCAGCAAUCAACGCCAGAGAAAGGAUUUUGAGCAUUCUGAGAAUUGAAGUAAACCUUUUCUUGGUUUUAUUAUUAUUUACAUUGCCCUUCUUCCAUCAGCUUCAGUUCAUUCCCCACUUUGGAUUGAAAAAUAUUAACUAAUAUUUAUUGAAAAUUGUAAGACUACUGCUAGACAGGAAAAUGUCGUUUUCGAAUUAUCGUAGCCCACAAGGUCAAAGUGAUUCAUAUUUGACUGUAACAUUAGAUGAUUCGCCACCUUCUACUCCUACCCCGUCCUCAAGUGUUCUCAUUCCAUCAAAAGUUGUACUGACCAAGGAAAUCGUGAUGAAUUUAUCCAUCGCAAAGAUUUUCAAACUUAACCAUGGGGUCGUGGACAAAAUAACUUACACGAGUGAUGGGACGUUGGUCGUAACGUCCGCAUCCGACGACCAACUCAACGUCUACGACUGUGUUCAAGGGACUCACAAGCAAACGUGCAACAGCAAACGGUUCGGCUGCGCCUUGGCCACCUUCACCCACUCCCCCACGAAUAUUCUCUACGCCUCCACCAAGGAGGGAGACGAACUCCGCUAUUUGUCACUUCACGACAAUAAAUUUAUCCACCACUUUACCGGACAUUCCGCUCAGGUCACAAAUUUGUCCAUGUCACCGACUGACGACACUUUCAUCACGUCUUCAUUGGACAAAACGACACGGGUUUGGGACUUGCGUUCUCCAAAAUGUUCUGGUUAUCUUAACAUCCUUGAGCCAGCAGUGUGCUCGAUUGAUCCGGAGGGACUUUUAUUCGCUGUUGGAAUCGGAAGUGACACAAUCAAGUUGUUCGACAUGAGGUCGUACGGGAAAGGUCCAUUCGUUACGUUUCGAUUGCCAAAAGGAAGAGAUGCGAGGGCGCAGUGGACCUCAUUGGAGUUCAGUCCCCAAGGGGAGUGCAUCCUCAUUAAUACGACAGGUCCCUUCAUGUACGUGGCUGGUUCAUUUCAGGGAAAUUUGCAUUUUGAAUUGCAAGGUCGAAUUUGUUUCGAUCCAACAACGGGAGGGAAAUUGGAUGCGGGCUUUAGUGCGAAUGGAGACUACAUUUUAUCCACGAGUGGCGAUGGUUCGAUUAUUCUCUACAACGCUAAGGAUGGACGACAUAUCACCAACCUCAAUCCAUACCGUCCAAGCGCAAUUGGAGCGUUUAAAUUCAACCCUAAAAUGCUCAUGAUGACUACCGCUGCAAGGGAAACGGCCUUUUGGUUACCGAGGACCGAAAUUGAUUAGAAGACUGAGAUUUUUAUAAAUAAUGUGAUACAUGUUCGAUGUCGAAUAAUCCUAAGUAUACGUUUUUACUCAGCCAGACCGGAAAGUAACAUGUAGAAACUGUAAAGAGAAAGACAAAUUAAAACAAAGAAAAUCCAGAUGUAGAGUAUUGCUCCACCGUUAUCAAACCGUUUAAAAUUGUAAUUAUAAUUAACUUCAUUUGUCCUUCGAAAUGUAUUAUUAACAUUUUGUUUUUGAGAUAAUAGAAAUUGAAAUGUUUAAAAGAA